GUUUUUUGCAUAGUUUUAUUUUGUUUAGGUGCUCAUGUCACGGGCAUUGAUUCUUACCAGGAAUUGUACAAUAAGUCUAUCAACAAUGUCGAUGAAUUUUGGAGAACUGUUGCAAAAGAACUGUAUUUUGAGAAGGAUUCCAAAAAAGGAUUGGAAUGGAACUUUGAUCCUCGUAAAGGUGAUGUUUUUGUAAAAUUUAUGGAAGGAGCACAGACCAAUAUUGCAUAUAACUGCUUAGAGCGAAACAUCAAUAAUGGACAUGGUUCUCGGAUGGCAAUUUUGUGGGAAGGAAAUGAACCGGGUGAUUCUUCCUCAAUCACAUUUCAAGAGCUGUUAGAUAAAGUCAUCACUUUUUCAUCAGUUCUUCGUUCUCAUGGAGUAAAGAAGGGAGAUGUAGUGGUGAUUUAUUUACCAAUGACUAUAGAAUUACCAAUAGCUAUGCUGUCAUGUGCUCGUAUUGGUGCUGUGCAUGCGGUGGUAUUUGCUGGGUUCAGCGCUAGUGCACUUGCAGCGCGAAUAUGUCAGACAGGAGCUCGGAUUGUUAUCACUGCUGAUGGAUAUUAUCGGGGUGUGAAACUCGUAACAUUGAAAGCAAUCGUUGAUGAUGCUUUGGUUGAAUGUUCUGCAUUGGGCAAACAUGUAGAGCGUGUCAUCCUUGUGAAACAUUUGGAGCGUGUCAAAUUAUGUUCAAAACGAGAUGUUAUUUGGGAAGAAGAAAUGGAACGAUUAGCUGGUGCAAGUUGUGAAGUUGAAUGGAAUGAUGCUGAACAUCCUCUCUUUGUUCUUUACACAUCUGGUUCAACAGGUCAACCAAAAGGCAUUGUGCACACCACCGCUGGUUAUAUGACAUAUACUUAUGCUACGGUCAAAUACGUUUUUGAUGCACAACCACAUAAAGAUAUUUAUUGGUGUACAGCAGAUUGUGGAUGGAUCACUGGACAUUCUUAUCUUGUGUAUGGGCCUCUGCUUAAUGGCUUGACAUGUGUCAUGUAUGAAGGUGUACCUACUCAUCCAACACCCUCACGAAUGUGGCAAAUUGUUGAGAAGUACGGUGUGACAACUUUGUACACUGCACCAACUUUAGUUCGUUCUUUGAUGACUUUUGGCUCUCAAUAUAUAUUGCCAUACAAUCGUUUAUCAUUACGUUUGCUUGGCUCAGUAGGUGAACCCAUUAAUCCUGAGGCAUGGAAGUGGUUGUUCAAGGUUGUUGGGGAAAGUCGUUGUGCAGUUAUUGAUACAUACUGGCAGACAGAAACAGGUGGACAUACAAUAGCACCAUUACCAGCAGCAUUGCCCUGUAAGCCGGGUAGUGCUACACUUCCCUUUUUUGGGAUAGAACCAGCUCUUCUUGAUGCUGACGGUAGAGAAAUCAAAGGAUGUGGUGAAGGAACAUUGUGUUUCAAACGAGCGUGGCCCGGAAUAAGUAGGAGUGUACUGGGUGACCAUAAUCGAUAUGUAAAAACGUACUUCUCCGCAUUCCCUGGCUAUUAUUUCACAGGUGAUGGAGCUCGUAGAGAUGCCGAUGGGUACUACUGGAUUACUGGACGUAUUGAUGACCUCAUGAAUGUUUCGGGUCAUUUACUUUCAACGACAGAAAUUGAAUCCGCCUUAGCUUCUGAUCAUGAUGUAGUGGAAGCAGCUGUUGUUGCAGCACCGCAUGACAUUAAGGGCAGCUUCCCUUAUGCAUUUGUCACUUUGCGACUGGGUGCAAAACUUACUGAUCGGAAAAUUGAUGAUUUAAAACUCUUAGUACGAAGAAAAAUUGGUGCUAUCGCGGUUCCGGACGUCAUACAGUUAGCUCCCGGAUUACCUAAGACUCGAUCUGGGAAAAUAACGCGUCGUAUCUUACGAAAAGUAGCUGAAGGUGACAAAAGAGCAGAUUUGGGAGACACAACCACACUCGUCGAUGAGACAGUUAUUGCUCAUUUGUGGAAUGGUCGAAAUGAAACUCGAACUGGUUGA